GUGAAGCUGGAGGCUGAGAGUCUGAGCUGGGCAAGGAAUUUGCACAAUUUCUUUUUAUUUCUUUUUUUUUUCGCAGAAAGAAUUCUCUUUGCAUAUGCUUGUAGGAGCAGGGGGGGAAAAACUGGAAGGUUAUCCUGGCUUUUUUGUUGGUGAUUUUUUUAAUUUUUUUUUUUUAUGCAGAAGAAAAAACUUUGCAGAUUUUAUGAACUUUUUUUUCUGAUCUGAGCUAGCUGUGCCUUAGCCAGUAUCAGAACUGCCAACCAGCUCAGCCUUACCUAAAAAAAAAUAAUCCAUAUAUAUUUUUUUUUAUCUUAACCAUCAAUUCUCCCAGUUUUUCGUAUGAAUCUCUUGGAUCCCUUCAUGAAGAUGACAGAGGAGCAAGAAAAGUGCAUGUCUGGGGCUCCCAGCCCUUCCAUGUCUGAUGAAUCUGCUGGAUCCCCUUGCCCAUCUGGGUCAGGUUCUGACACUGAAAAUACCAGACCUCAAGAAAAUACCUUCUCCAAGGGGGAUCAGGACAUGAAAAAAGAAACAGAGGAUGAAAAGUUCCCUGUGUGCAUUAGAGAAGCAGUCAGCCAGGUGUUAAAAGGAUAUGACUGGACUCUGGUACCCAUGCCUGUGAGGGUAAAUGGAUCCAGCAAAAGCAAACCCCAUGUCAAGAGACCAAUGAAUGCCUUCAUGGUGUGGGCACAGGCUGCCAGGAGGAAGCUGGCAGACCAAUACCCCCAUCUGCACAAUGCAGAGCUCAGCAAAACCCUGGGCAAGUUAUGGAGACUCUUGAAUGAAAGUGAGAAACGUCCUUUCGUGGAAGAAGCAGAGAGGCUGAGGAUCCAGCAUAAGAAGGAUCACCCAGAUUACAAGUACCAGCCGCGCAGGAGAAAGUCUGUGAAGAACGGACAGAGCGAGCAGGACGACGGAUCGGAACAAACGCACAUCUCACCCAAUGCUAUAUUCAAGGCGUUGCAAGCUGACUCCCCGCACUCCGCCUCGAGUAUGAGUGAAGUCCACUCUCCAGGAGAACACUCAGGUCAGUCGCAGGGUCCUCCAACCCCACCUACCACCCCUAAAACCGAUGUUCAGCCUGGGAAGCCAGACCUGAAAAGAGAAGGUCGCCCCCUGCAGGAGAGCGGCAGACAACCACCACACAUCGACUUCCGUGACGUAGACAUCGGAGAGCUGAGUAGCGAGGUCAUCUCCAACAUUGAGACCUUCGACGUCAACGAGUUUGACCAGUAUCUCCCACCCAACGGCCACCCGGGGGUCGCUUCCACCCAGGUGACCUACACAGGCAGUUACGGCAUCAGCAGCGCAUCCAGUGCCACCACCGGAACUGGACACGCAUGGAUGUCCAAACAGCAGCAGCAGCAGCCUCCGCAGCCACAGCAGCACACUUUGUCAACCCUAGGCAAUGAGCAGAACCAGUCCCAACAGCGGACACACAUCAAAACCGAACAACUCAGCCCCAGCCAUUACAGCGACCAGCAGCAACAACAUUCCCCACAACAGCUCAGCUACAGCUCAUUCAACCUACAGCAUUAUGGCACUUCCUACCCAACCAUCACACGCUCACAAUACGACUACACCGAACACCAAGGUUCCAACUCCUACUACAGUCAUGCAGCUGGCCAGAGCUCCAAUCUCUACUCCACCUUCAGCUACAUGAAUUCGAGCCAACGGCCCAUGUACACUCCCAUCGCAGACACAACGGGGGUCCCCUCCAUCCCCCAGACACACAGCCCACAACACUGGGAGCAGCCCGUCUACACGCAGCUCACCAGACCCUAGAGCGUGAACGCAGGACAAUGACUCUUUCCAAAAUGACGACUGUCAGAGCACCAUCCGCCGGCAGAUACAUGGCACCCUCUAGAGUCAGUGUGCGGCACUGCACCCUCUGCUGGCAGCCAGCAGAACUGGGUGUGACCAUAGUUAAAAGGACUUGGAGCUAUGGGGUUGACUUAAGAAAACGAGUUCUUUUGCCGUCGAGAGGACUUUGUAAUUCAGAGGUUUCGAGCCGUAACUGGGGAAGAAAAAAUUUUUUUAAAAGAGCAGAUCCUCCGUGAGGACUAUUCUCUCUCUCUCUCCGAAAUACUUUAGUAUGUACUGUGUAUGUAUCAUUACCUUUUGUGGGGAUUUAUACAUUUAUAUUUUAGACAACUUUUUUUUUUUUUUUUUUUUGUACACAAACUGAAAAUUUCCUUUGUCGUUUUUUUUUUUUCUUCCAAUUUCUUAAAUAGUUCUUAGGGAGAAUAUGCAUUUUUUUUUUUGGCUUUUCCUUCAAUCGAAAGUAUUUUUUUUUAAAAAAAAUAAAAUAAAAAUUGUAUUCUUGCAUAAAAACAUUAACUCGAAAGGCACCUGCGAAUUUUGGCCUUGAACUUUUCAGAGUUAUCAAGGGAGGCUUCUAAGAAGCACGUGGCCUUCUUCGUUACGCUAUUAAAUAGAACGAGAUUUAUUUUUUUGUGCCUCUUAUAAAUAACAUUAAAAAAAAAAAACGUAGGAAAUGUAUUUCCGCGUAUUUUACCCAAGUGCCAAUAUCGAAGUUGUGGUCAAACCACAAGUGCUCAAUCAAGUGCUCUUCUUGGUCUCAAUGACCUCCAGAAACAAACGUUAAGUUCUGCCUCCGUAAUAAAAAGUCACUUGCAGAUAAUUAAAAACGUAAAUUAUUUAUUUUAUAAGAAAAUAAUAUGGAAAUUUAAAAAAAUAAAAAAAAUAAAAAAAAAAAGGUACGGAAAGAUUCCCAAACAUUUUAAUUUUUCUUGUGUAAAAAGUAAAUAUAUUAGCAUGCUCAUUCCACUUGGAAUAAAUGCUUCUUGUUAAAUUAUGUUUUUUAGUUUUAUUUUUAUUAUUUCUGUCCUUCUUUAAUAAUUUCCCUCUUUACUUUUGUCUUUAUUUUUUUUUCCUUGCUGUACUUUUAAAUGAAGUUGUUAAAGAGAUCAAAACCAGCUACACGAAUAAAAAAAAAAAAAUAAACUUUUACAAGGUAUAUUUUUCAGAACAAAUACCCAAACUAGGGAUUUAUUUUUAUUGGAAUUUUUUUCAGAUCUAGACCUGAUUUCUAAGACCAUUUUAUCUGUUUGUUAAAAAAAAAUAUAUAUAUGCGGACAAGUAGUUUAAAACGCUUGAAUUUAAUUUUCAUUUUGAUUUUUUUUCCUUAAUUAUUAAAACAGAUAAAAUGGUUAAAAUAUGCAGGAUGCAUUAACCAUGCAGGAAGACAACCUGUUACAGAAAUCAAUAUUUUUGUAAAAAAAAAUUAAAAUAUAAAAUUUAAAUAAAAUAUAGUUUGACUUUAGCAAACAGUUUUUAACUUUUUGCUUAAAACCUUACAUUUUUUUUUCUUCAAAAUGUGAUUUUCUUUUAUUUGACAAAGUUUAGAUACCAUGAGCACUCCUUAAUUGCAGAACUUGUUACAAAAAGCAGGCCUUAAAUAUUAUUUUAACUUAAAAAAAAAACAAACAAACAAAAGGACCGAAUGCUGACUUUGUUGGAUUUUGUUCGUCUUUAAGAAAUUUUCUUUUCUUAAUAUUUUGUUCAUUUGUCUUUGUGAAUCUUAUACUUUUGUGUAUUAUUGUUUCAAAUAAAUAUAAUACAAUUUACUAAACUCGAA